AGCUUCCCACAUUGUGGGAGGAGAGAGGGGAGAGAUGCAUUGAUGUGUACAAGCAAGUAAGUAACUGAGUCAGAGAGAGAGGGAGAGAGAAAGGGAGAGAGAGAGGGGUAGAGAAAGAGGCUUCUCCCCUUGCCCCUGCUGAAUAGAGCUUCAGUUGAGCUGUGUAGGAACAACAGACUAGUUGGACUCCUCUAUAGGACAGUACAGAAAACAAAGCUCCAGCAGCAGCUCAGCUCCAGGAUCAGCUCCUCAGCCAUGAAUGACAUCAAACUAGCCCUGCUGGGAAGUGAGGGGGCAGGCAAAUCAGCGGUUCUGGUGAGAUUCCUGACCAAGCGCUUCAUUGGGGAAUAUGCCUCCAAUGCAAACUCCUUAUACCAUAAAAGGCUCUCCAUUGAUGGCAGACAGUUGAACCUAGAAGUCUUUGAUCCAUGCUCACAGAGUGGAGAGAGCAGAUGCAUCCUGGAGGAGCCCAUGGACUGGGCUGAUGGUUUUGUGGUGGUGUACACCAUCAGCGACCGCAUGACCUUCCUCAAUGCCAAGAACAUCCUGCAUCAAAUCAAAGAGAGCCGUAGGGAGACCUGCAAAAGUGAGAUGGAUGUGCCAAUUUGUCUGGUGGGGAAUAAGCAGGAUCUGUGUCAUAGUCGGCAGGUGAGUGAGGAAGAGGGCCGAUCUAUAGCCCUGGAAUACAAGUGCCUCUUCCAGGAGGUAUCUGCUGCUGAGAACUACCUGGACAUCGCAAACCUCUUCACCAAACUCAUCCGUCACGUGAUGGAACAACUGAAGUACAGAUCUGACCGCCGGCGCUACAGCGGCUCAAAGUCCAUGGCCAAGCUUAUUAACAAUGUCUUUGGAAAGCGGAGGAAGUCUGUCUGAGCACAGACACGAAAGGACACAUGAAAUAGUGGGGCUAUCUUACAUGAAUUGGGAACGAUUUUUAGCAUGGGCGACUUACCUUGGCUCUAAUCUCUUUUUGGAUGUGUUUGGAUGUAUGCAAAAAUGGCAACAAAUGGUAAUCAAAGAUAGUCUGAUUACUAGAGGAAAGCAGCCAAUAGCAUACUCUAUAGGCAUGAUUGCUACUAUGAGAUGUAUUAAAGGUUGAGAAACUGA